AUGCCAGCAGAAACCAACAUGGAGGAGUUGGACAUCGAAGAAAAAGAGAGGAAAGAUUCGCCCCGGUUCUCCCAGGCGGAUUCCUCUCUGCUGGACCCGGCUUCUCUCUCCCCUGCCCCGGAUCCGCUCUCUCACCUGGGGUCGCUUCUGGCCGGAGGAUGGGACAGGACAGCGGAUCAGAGUUAUCAGAGCUGUCAGUUACCGGGUCGAGAAGCUCACGCUGACCAGAGCGUCACCAUCCUGCAUGCCAAGGUCGCCCAGAAGUCCUACGGCAACGAGAAGAGGUUCUUCUGUCCUCCUCCCUGUGUUUACAUCAGCGGUCCGGGAUGGAGAGUCAUGCAGAACCAUCUGAAAGCGGCAGGUUAUGGAGACGCCGUGUAUCGAGUGUGUGGCUUUUUGUGUCUCGACAACACCAGCCAGUCUCAGGCCGACGCUUACAAACUGGUGUUCAACGAGCAGCCCAACUCCAGGAUGUUCGCCUCGGCCAAGUCCCUGUUCAUCUCCGACCAGGACAAGAGGAAACACUUCUGCCUGCUGCUGAGGCUCUUCCUGGGAAACAGACAGGAAGUGGGAUCGUUUCAGAGCCGGAUGAUCAAAGUUAUCUCCAAACCGUCGCAGAAGAGACAGUCCAUGAAAAACGCUGACCUGUGUAUCUCGUCGUGCUCCAGAGUGGCUUUGUUUAACCGCCUGCGCUCUCAGACGGUCAGCACGCGUUACCUCUCCGUGGACAGAGGAGCUUUCAUCGCCAGCGCCAGACAGUGGACCGCCUUCACCAUCACGCUGGUGGAGGACCAGCAGGCUGACCAUGGUGACUUCGUGCUGAGCGAGGGCUUCAUCUGUUACGGCUGUGUGGUGCAGUUAGUGUGCAGUGAGUCAGGAGUCGCUCUGCCACCCAUGGUGAUCCGUAAGGUGAACAAACAGCACGCCUUCUUGGACGUGGACGAGCCGGUGUCUCAGCUCCAUAAAUGUGCCUUUCAGUUCAGACACGAUCCCAACGCUUACAUGUGUUUAUCCAACGACGCCAUCAUACAGCACCAGGCCUCCCCCAGCCUGACGGACCCCCUCAGAGUGGGUCUAAACGAUGGUGCCUGUUGGACCAUCAUUGGUGUGGAGGUGGUGGAGUUCACCUUUAAUCAGGGAUCCUCCUGCAUCCUGACUCCUGUCACUCCGUUUCCUGUCAUCUGCGGGUUAGAGGUGAAUGGCGGGGGACAUGUUGCCAUGCUGGAAAUCUACGGAGAAAACUUCAGCUCUCAUCUCAAAGUCUGGUUCGGAAACAGCGAGGCUGAGACCAUGUUCAAGUCUUCCCAGUCUCUGCUCUGCGUGGUUCCUGAUAUCUCCGUGUUCAGCGACGGAUGGAGAUGUCUUCGUCGAGUCCUCACCGUUCCUCUGGCUCUCAUCAGAUCGGACGGCCUGAUCUAUCGGACCUCCUUCAGCUUCACUUACACCCCCGAAAUAAAGCCUCCCCCCAGCAGAGGAACAUCAGGGGGAGGAAAGAGAGAGGGAGGGACGGAGGGAGGACAGCAGGAAGACGUCCUGUUAGAAACCAUCCAUCAGGAGUUCACCAGAGCCAACUUCCACCUGUUCAUGCAGAGCUAG